AUGUCUGAUAACGCAUACUUGAUAAACGCCAUUACCGGGGAAAAGAUAACUACAGAUGUGAAGUACUUUAUGUCUUUGGAUGAAUUUAGGGAUUUCAUUAGUCAGAAAUGGAAUAUAUCCCAGGAGCAGCUACUCAUUUUACUGCCGUUUGGCAAUAAACUGAAGAACUCGGCCUUUAAGGAAUGUCUCCGGACCAGUACCUUAAGUGAAGCAGAGUUCUACAUAUAUGAUAGGCGGCUAUUUUCAAUCAUGAACGAGCCAAUAGACGGACAGCCCACCGGUAGUUUGGAGAAGACUCGUGCUGAGCUGGCGGAUCGUAGCGCGCUUCUCGUCAGUGAUCUGGUGAACAAUGGAACACCCAAGGAGGAAACAUCACUACUGAAACCGAUAAAUUCACCUCUAGCAGACGCUGAUAUGAAGGUUGAAAAUCUCACAAGUCGAGUGAUAACAAGUCUCUUAACUACGAAUCUCGGAUGGCUAAGCGCUUUAGAGAUUGACGUGCAUUAUUUUAGGGUAUUGAUCGCAGAGUACAUCGAACAGAUAUCUGAGAUUCUGAAAUGUCUAUCUAUCUGCGAACAGUACCUGAAGCUUUAUUGCUAUGAUGUGGAAAAGCUGUACAAUUCAAAUGUCGAAUUUCUCAACCAACUGUCACAAAAUAGUCAGUCCUGCAAAUGGAGGUCCUGUUAUAACGAUGUUCUAACUAAGCUCAAGGGCAGUGAAGGGCCGCUGAGCCAGUACGUUGAUUUGCAACGACUGGAAGAGAACGAAAAGGAACUCAAGUCACUCGAUAAGACCGUCAACGCCAAGUUGAAGAAAGUAAAGACGGAACUGGACUCGAACGCAGAUUUUCGAAUGAAAGUUUCUGGUGCGAUUCAGUCGAUUCAAAAAGAUUACGACCCUGAGGGCUUGAAAGAUAGAUUGGAAAAGACAAUGCUCGAAAAGUUUGAGGAAUUGGUAGAGGAUGUGAGGACUCGCAGCCGUGAAAUCCUUGAUCAAGAUCUUUCUGACUCACCUGAAGCGUUUGUGGAGGAAAUACGUCAGUUUUUACUGAAGGUAAAAAACGAGACCAGUAGCAGACUGUUUACUAUUGCCCAAGCGUUGUUUGCCCAGAUUGAACGCGUUCUCGAGCGCAGGUCGGCGCUUCAGGCAAAGGCUGUUUUACUAUAUGGCCAAAUUGCAUACGUUCAAAUGGAGACUAUCGGCAUCAAAAGAAAUCUUCUCACAGAAUGUGGUAAAGAUCUGAACCGAUAUCAGGAGAAGGAGCUGCAAUUCGCACAAGUCGAAGAUAUUCCACUGAUUUACGGUCUUUUCCUCAUCGAACGAUAUCGUCGCGAAUGCUGGUCUUUUCAGUUAUUCUCGCAAACUCAAGCUACAGCUCAUGAAUUAAAGCAAGCUAAAGAAAAGGAAAUAAAUUAUCAGGCGGAGUGGGUUCAUAACUUUGGUAAUACUGCAUCGCUAUUCUGUUCUGAUCUCGGUAAUAUUUCAGAAAUUGGAAACCUUGAUGCCUUAAGAGUCAUUGACGAAUUUGAUGGACAAAUCAUAUCUGAAAAACAACUUUCUGCUGUGCAGACAGCCUUGAGCGAAACACUUAAAAUAAUUGAUGGUUACGUCAGUCAACUCCCGCAUUUGGGAGUCAGCAAAAAUGUGUCCGAAAUAAUCUUACAGACCUUGUCGGAGACCAAGAAUUACCAGUCGUCAAUAUUUCGCACCCAAGAAUUGCCUGAAAAAUCGGCGUUCGUGAAAGAUCAAGUUAACGGCUAUCGUGCUAGGAUAAAAAUACUGGAAUCCUUGUUACACGAAGCAAGAUUCUCGAACCCAGGUCACUGGCCCUCUGGAAUUCUGAAUCCAGUUCAUGUGACACCUUUUCAUAAUAACGUUGCUACAGUGGGACCAAAAGGCUCCCCCGGUUCUUCGUCGCUGAUAGAAGCCAAUAAUUUCUCAAAUGUAGUGAAGUUCUUGGAAAUGGACAACAACUACCAGAGUCUACAAGAGAAGGUUAACAAGCUUCAGGCUGCAUUGGAAGCCAAAGAGACCCUUCUGAUAGAUGCAGGGAGAAAAACCAGUGACCUAGAGCUGGAGAUUAUGGCCUUUAAAGAAUCGAUGAGUCACUUGAACCAAGGGCUUGCAAGACUGUCUGAGAAGGAAGAAAAGACGCUACAGGACGCCAGGGUGCAGAGGAACGAUUUCAAAACUCAGCUUACGAAUAUUGCAGAGGAGAAUGCAUCCCUAUUGAAAGAGCUAAAUAAUAUGAAAGAUGAGCUCAGCCACAAGGAAGCUCAGGAGAAGGCAGCCUGCGAUCGAAUUGCAGAAUUGCAGCAAUUGCUUGAAGAAGAAAGAGUACAUUCACGAGAAAAAAUUGUCUUAAUUGAGAAUGAUCUGAGCGCUAUGAAAACUCAUACUGAAGAGCUCGAGAAGAAAAACGAAGAGCUGACGAUUAAAUUACAAGAGCAGGACUCUGAAAAAUUAGAAAAGAAGGAAAAAGUAAGGAUAGAGGCUUCCGCCGAGCAGGCUAACGAUGAGGUCUCUAGAACUUUUAAAGAACUUCAGGUCUAUAGCACAGACGUGGAACAUUUAAUGUUCAAUGUUUUCGCAUCAGAUGUGUUCAUAUUGGAGAAUAUUGGCUUACUUCUUUCUCUCGAUGAUAACAAUGGAACUGUUAUACGACGGGUGAAAGGUUUACGCAGAGUACAAAGUCAGGGCCUUUUAGAUGAUAGCAUCCAGAUACCCCAAGCUGAAAUUGUUGUUAAAAGUACGGUGUACAAAGAAGUUAAAGAGAUCUAUGAAAGCUUGGGAAAAACGCAAGACAUAGACAAGCACAGAAUGUUAGUCUCCAAAUUAAAAGUGCUGUAUGCUAAUAAGCUGUAUGAAUCAGCGGUUAUACGACGAUUCAAAGACAUCGAAACAUUGGCGAAAAAACUGACGAAAGAGAACAAGAAGAAACGUUCAUUGCUUGAUUCUUAUCAGAAUGAAAGGGUUACUCUGAGAAACUUCCAGGUUGGCGAUCUCGCUUUGUUUUUGCCCACGAGGGAGAAUAAGUCACUCAAUGAAUCCUCUAUUUCAUCACUUAAUUCUUCAUUCUCGUCUGUCGACCUUUCGACUCCACCCCCAUUCGACGUAACUUCGACUCAUCCUCCUCACGCCAGUAAAGAAAAGGCUAAGAAGGUUCGCAAGCAUCGUCCAUGGGCAGCUUUCACUGCCUUCGACAACAACACUAGAUAUUUUUUGAAAGAUGAUGAAGAGUUUACCAGGGGGAAGGACUGGUUUGUUGGAAAAAUACUUACUAUGGAAAGCUUUCUCGCGGAAGAUGGUAACAAUCCCUAUAAACUUACCAAGGGUUCGCAAUGGUUCGAAGUAACUGCCAAGAUUGUCUCAUGCCCAGUAUAG